AUGGUUUCCGGAGUGAGGAUCCUCUCCUCUUUGCUGGGACUCACGAUGUUCUGGUUCCCCUUGGACUCGCAAGCCCGAGCUCGCCCAGGCAAAGUCUGCCUUUUCGGUGAAAAGAUAUUCACCCCUGGCCAGAGCUGGCACCCCUACCUGGAACCACAAGGCACGAUAUACUGUGUGCGAUGUACCUGCUCUGAGAACGGCCACGUGAACUGUUACCGCCUCCGAUGCCCACCCCUGCACUGCUCACAGCCUGUGAUGGAGCCACAGCAGUGCUGCCCCAGGUGUGUGGAUCCUCAUGUCCCCUCUGGCCUCCGGGCUCCCCUAAAAUCCUGCCAGCUCAAUGAGACCACAUACCAACAUGGAGAAAUCUUCAGUGCCCAGGAGCUGAUCCCCACCCGCCAACCCAACCAGUGUGUCCUCUGUAGCUGUAUUGAGGGCCACACUUACUGCGGUCUCAUGACCUGCCCUGAACCCAGCUGCCCCACCCCGCUCUCUCUGCCUGACUCCUGCUGUCAGACCUGCAAAGACAGGACAAGUGAGAAGUCCCCUGAAGAAGAUGUGGCACAGUUGCAACAUGGAGAGAGACAUUCCCAGGAUCCGUGUUCAGAAGACAGAAAGAGGAGCGGCCCUGGGACCCCAGCCCCUACCAGUGUCAGCUCCCCUCUGAACUUCAUCACUCGCUACUUCCGACCAAUGGGGACAGGCAGCACUACUAUCAAGAUUAUCCUGAAGGAGAAACAUAAAAAAGCUUGCACACACAAUGGGAAGACAUACUCCCACGGGGAGGUGUGGCACCCUACGGUGCUCUCCUUCGGCCCCAUGCCCUGCAUCCUGUGCACGUGUACGGAUGGCUACCAGGACUGCCAUCGCGUGACCUGCCCUACCCAAUAUCCCUGCAGUCAACCCAAGAAAGUGGCUGGGAAGUGCUGCAAGAUCUGCCCAGAGGAUGAGGUAGAUGCCAACCACAGUGAGGUCAUUUCCACCAGGUGUCCCAAGGUACCAGGCCAGGUGUAUGUGUACACGUUGGUAUCUCCAAGCCCAGACAGCCUGCAUCGCUUUGUCUUGGAGCAUGAAGCAUCUGACCAGGUAGAGAUCUACAUCUGGAAGCUGGUGAAAGGAGUCUUCCACUUGGUGCAGAUCAAGAGAGUCAGAAAGCAAGAUUUCCAGAAAGAGGUCCAGAACUUCCGGCUGCUCACUGGCACCCAUGAAGGUUACUGGACUGUCUUCCUAGGCCAGACUCCAGAGCUGAAAGUCACAGCCAGCCCAGACAAAGUGACCAAGACAUUAUAACAAGGACCUAAACAGUUGCAGAUAUGAGCUUUAUUGUUUUUGUUAUAAUAUUAAUAAAGAAAUUGCAUUAACCUCCA